CCUCGCGAUAGUUGCUUUUGCGCGCGAACUCUAAGAGCCGGGGUCCCCGGGUUAAGUUGGGGCUUUUCGGCGUGCAGGCUCCUGGGGGACGCGACGACCCCCGCCGAUCCGGACACCUUCAGCACCCCACCAUGGAAGCCUCGGCGCACAAGCAGCAGCAGCAGCAGCAGCCCGCGGCGACCAAGAUCAGGAACCUGCCCUGGGUUGAAAAAUACCGGCCACAGGCACUGAGUGACCUCAUUUCUCAUCAGGACAUUUUGAGUACCAUUCAAAAAUUCAUCAGUGAAGACCGACUGCCACACCUGCUUCUCUACGGUCCUCCGGGCACAGGAAAGACGUCCACCAUCCUGGCCUGUGCUAAACAGCUAUACAAAGAUAAAGAAUUCGGCUCCAUGGUCCUGGAGCUGAAUGCUUCAGAUGACCGAGGAAUAGAUAUCGUUCGGGGGCCAAUCCUGAGCUUUGCUAGCACAAGGACAAUAUUCAAGAAAGGCUUCAAACUAGUGAUCCUGGAUGAAGCUGAUGCCAUGACUCAGGAUGCCCAGAAUGCCUUGCGGAGAGUGAUUGAGAAAUUUACUGAAAAUACCAGAUUUUGCCUCAUCUGUAACUAUCUGUCAAAGAUCAUCCCUGCCUUGCAGUCCCGUUGUACAAGGUUCCGAUUCGGUCCCCUGACUCCUGAACUCAUGGUUCCCCGCCUGGAGCAUGUCGUAGGAGAAGAGAAAGUUGAUAUAAGUGAAGACGGGAUGAAAGCACUUGUAACUCUUUCCAGUGGAGAUAUGCGAAGAGCUUUGAACAUUUUGCAGAGCACCAAUAUGGCCUUUGGGAAAGUGACAGAGGAAACUGUCUACACCUGCACAGGGCACCCGCUCAAGUCAGACAUUGCCAACAUUUUGGACUGGAUGUUGAAUCAAGACUUCACCACGGCCUACAGAAAUAUUAUGGACUUGAAAACUCUGAAGGGGUUGGCACUACAUGAUAUCCUGACAGAGAUACACUUGUUUGUGCAUAGAGUUGACUUUCCAUCUUCAGUUCGAAUACAUUUAUUGACUAAAAUGGCGGACAUUGAGUACAGACUUUCUGUUGGCACCAACGAGAAGAUUCAGCUGAGUUCCCUCAUUGCCGCUUUUCAAGUCACCAGAGACCUGAUUGUCACAGAGGCCUAGAUGCUCAGGACCUUGUGCUGCAAGUCAUAAGGCUCAGCAGUGACGAGAACAGGGGACUCCUUAUGGGAUGAGCUGCUGCCUGGGGCCACUGGAUAACGCCACAAUCACCCCCAGUCUUGGAAAACUCUAUUCCAGGCAUGGGUGGUGGGCAGAUGUAUAAAAAGGUACCUUGGUUGUGGCUGUUUGGAACAGGCAUGUACAAGACAAUUUUAAUGUACAGCUGUCUUAUGGCACUGCCCACUUUUAUUUUAUGGGGGCGGGGGAAGGAGCAAACAACCUUUAUUUCAGCCUUAAGGCUUUUACCCUUUAGCUGCUUGGAUGACAGGAAAUUGGCCUGCCCUAUUUGUUUCAGAAUGUAAGGCUUUCACAUCUAACGUGGCCCACAUGUCUUCCAAAUCAAGAUAAACGAAAUAUCCAAAAUCAA